CGUAACCUAGCAGUUAGCUCGUUGCUCUGUUUGUAUUUCUCUGCGUUUUCUCAGUAAUUCGGCUCAGAAAAAAACCUUUUGGCCUCAAGAAAUGCUCAGGAUGAAAAAACUGGAGAAGACCUUUGCUGAGGAACAGCUAACUGAUGAACCGUUCAUGUCCAGGUUAGAAAGCAGCCCAAAGCAGCUGGUCUGUGUGGAGAUGCUGAAAGAAUGCAACUACAAGUCGUUCGAAGAGCUCAUCACGCUGUUGCGCUUAGAUCGGGAUCAGAGAAAAAACGCUCGGCCGUUUUCAACCAGGCUGAAGGAUACGCCUCUGGAGGAACAGCGGGAAAAACUGGAGACCAUGGCCUUCUACCUGAGCCGAGCGGAGAAGGCGGAAAGAGAAGGCUUGUGGAAGCCAUCCUGUGAGGAACGUCUGCAUUUAGGUCACUACUUCUUCAGUCAGAAGGAUCUGUGGCUCAGUUUUUAUUUCUACCAAAGCUGUGCUAACAACGAGCGUGGAGGAAGAUCCAAACUGGCUACAGAGGCCAGACUGCGCAUGGCCGAGAUUUACCUGCAGCAAGGUGAUCUGGAGGAGUCCAGGCUGCAGGCGGAGAAGAGCCUGAAACAGGCGGAGGAAGGAGGCUGGUUGGACUCAGACGGUCGGCCUAUGAAGCUCUGGGCCUGCACACACCUGGGAAGAAUCUACUGUUUGCUGGCUGACGCUUCCCUCGCAGCGGCUAACUACAACACAGCCAAGAGGCUGCUGGACCGAGGCUUCAAAGUUGUCACAGACGUUAAAGACAAGCUGGCUGAGGCGGAGGUGCUCUUCAGACAAGGACUGCUGCUACAGCGGUUAGGAGAUCAUCCUGCAGCCAGGCAGGUCUUCAGCCGCUGCAUGAAGAACUUCAACAUGAUGCAGGAUACAGAAGGACAGGUGAAGACCUACAAGGCCACAGCCAAGUCCUUAGAAAGGUAGAGGCAUUCCCUCAUCACCAAACACCAACAGAAAACAUCUAGAAAGGUUUAUUGAGGUAUUUUAAGA